UUGUAUUGCUUUUGCCAUAUUUUAUUUGUAUCAUAAUUGGACAAUACCUACUUGAAACAAAGUAAUUUUAGACUAUUCAUUCAAAACUUUGUUUACUAAUCGCGUUGCUAAUUAUUGAUUUAUUGCUGUCCCAAUUUUCAAAAUGGUUUACGUAAAUUCAGAUGGUAGUAUUGUAGACAAAGCUCCUUUUACUUCAUUUAAAUGGUUCUGGGGCUUACUAAACUUCUUCUAUUACCUGUUUCAGACAUUAGUCAAUCCCAACUUUAAUAAACAUGGAAAUAAAUAUGUUACUGAUUUUCGUCCACCUGGCAGUGGGCCACCGAAGCCACCAACUAGAAAGUAUGGAGGUUUUGGUCCGUCAUCAUCAGGGCCUUCGCCGCCGCCAACUGGAGGAUGUGGCUGUGGUUAACGUCAUAUGUUUCUAAUUCAAUUAAUGUUAAAUUUUACGUGAUAAUGAUAAUGACCGUAAAUUUAGGCCCAGGCAAACCAAGAUUCUGAGUGGUAACUUGGAGUAAUAAGAUUUUAAAUUCUGAGAAGUGGGAGUCAGUUCUUUCUAACUUCUCUCGACUCU